AUGCCGGGGGAGGAAUGUUCUCUGAGGGGCCCUGGCGACGAAGGGAAGAGGCUUCCAGACGGCAUUCAGCUAAUAUUGAGGAAUGUGUCAGAGAUGCAAUCCAGAAUCGGCGGCAGUCGAGUAUCCAUUUUCACGCUUGCGGCUGAUGAAAAGAAUGACAUUUUUGCCCGCCAGCUGGCAUGCGAGAACGGGGGCGUCUCAUCCAUACUUGGGGGAUCAGGGGAGCCGUUGAACAGCCUUGGAGCGUACUUCCAGUUCUUGGGAUUUUCAAUGGAGGCUAGAACUGAGGAGGUGCCAGCUUACACGUGGGCCCCUCUAUACACGGACGCCAGCGGGCUGGGAAGACUCACCACCUUCGUGUAUCCCGUCUUUGUGCAUCCCACGUGCGCGAAUGGAGCGCCGUCAGCAGAUCGCCUACUCCUUGGCGUCAUCGGCAG